UGGAAUGUUGCGGUCAACAUGAAGGCUACGUUACUUUGUUCUGUGUUUAAAAGCUUGUGCAACAACUUUAAAUAUAUGUUCUAAUUCAUUUCAAUAAUGGCAUCACCAACAUUGAUACUCGAUAUGGGUGGUGGAUCACUGAAAAUUGGAUUUUCUACAGAUCCUCAUCCCAAGUAAUUUUUGCUUUUUCCGUAGAAUCGUCCUUAUUUUCCAAAAGAAUUAUCGAUAAUUCCAUUUUUAAGUCGAAAACGCUUGGUGGUCGUACAUUCGUUGGAAACGAAAUAGAACAAUGCAAUAAUUUGUCGAGUUUAUUUUGUGUCAUGCCAUUCAAAAAAGGCUAUAUUAACAACUGGGAGGUUCAAUGUCAAAUUUUGGACACAACUCUUAAAAGCAUAGUUAAAACAAACUCUCAAAAUUCUUUAUCUGAUCAUAAUCUAAUUGUUACUGAGCCGUAUUUCAACUUUUCAUCAACUAAGGAAGCUAUGAAUGAAAUCUUUUUUGAAGAUUAUCAAGUGGCUGGUUUGAUCCGCACAAAUCCUGCAUUUUUAAGCGCUUACAAAUACAGAAGUGAAUCAGCUCAACGUCUUUCAAGAUAUUGUAUAGUUAUUGACUCUGGAUACUCAUUUACGCACAUUGUGCCCAUGGCUGAUGGAUUUGUUAUGAAAGAUUUCGUCAUACGGUAUUUACCUUUUCAAUGAGGAUUUCUAUUGUCUUCCUUAAAAAACUUAUUUUUAAUUGUCUAUUCAAGGCUAACAGUAGGUGGAAAAAUUCUUACAAAUCGUUUGAUUGAAGCUGUAUCCUAUAGACAUUUGGAUGUUCGAAGUGAGAUAUAUAUAAUGAAUCAGUGCAAAGAAGAUGUAUGUUAUGUAUCCACUGACUUUUGGCAAGAUAUGAAUAUUUCUCGAUCGAACCAAAAAUCAAAUAGCAUUUUAAGAGAAUAUGUACUACCAAACUAUGUCGAUGUACACCGUGGAUAUGUUCGUGAUCCGAAUGCGGUGGCUUCUGAAAAUAGUGGUAAAGAUAAAUCAGAACAACGAGCUUCCAAUCUGUCACAGCAAGGAUAUGUAUUGCGUUUGAAUAAUGAGCGUUUUACAGUUCCUGAACUGAUUUUCCAUCCAUCUGAUGUGGGCUAUCAAGAAAUGGGGCUUACAGAAGCUAUCCAUUACUUAAUGAGUGAACGAUUACCGGCUGCAGUAAGGCCAGGAGCUUGGGCAAAUUUUAUGGUUAUGGGUGGUAAUGCAUGUUUUCCAGGAUUUGCUGACCGAUUACAAAGAGAUAUUCGUACUCAAGCACCUGAUGAUCUUCCAGUAAAUGUCUUUAAACCCCCUAAUCCUCAAACCUACGCUUGGGAAGGUGGUGUUUUGUUUUGUCAAAAUUCAGAUUCAUUCAAUCAUUUCUUAGUUACGCGCAAAGAAUAUGAAGAGCAAGGAUCUAGUUAUUGUGAAAAACGAUUCCCUAUUUCUUGAAUUUCUAUUAAUAUUUAUGCUUUUGUACAAUGAGACAAAGAAUAUGUAUAAAUUUAUUCAAUAUAUAUAGGAAUAAUAAUGGUAACAACACA